AUGGUCAAUCGACAAGAAUGCGAAGAGGUGACUGACUUGCACAACACUUGCAAAAUCUAUUGUUGUGAUCGUGCAAAGUGGAAUGAGCAUUUUUCAACAAAGUUCCAAGAUAAAUUACCCACCCCAAAGUCAACACUCACCGAAGAGGAGAAAGCAUGGCUCACCUCACAUCUUCCUGCCUUCCGCGAGGCUCAGAAGAAGUCCGAGACCGCCCGAUUUUACAUACAUGUAAUCGAGCAAUGGUUCAAGAAAUUCCCCGAACGCGAUCGUCUUUUCCCAUCUGUUUUCAGCGAUUCACCACUUCUCACCGAUGUGCAACAAGCUGAGCUACAAGCUGCUAUCAAGAGUCGAAGGGCAGUGAAGAACUGGUUCUAUUGGAACACCCGCGGUUGUAAACGCAAUUCACUUCCCGCGGUCGGUGAAUCGAUAGCGAAAGUAUUUGCUGACCGCAAAAAAUCCAAACGUGCACGUCUUCCUUCACUCAUCCAAGUCUACCAGACGAUGUACAAGGCGAAGAUCCAGGAGGCAUACAACACCUCAAACAUGACCCGAGAUGCAAACCCUACAAAAGCUAUAGGACAACGUCUUGUCAUCUGCGCGACCCUUGCCGCUGAUCUCUUCCGCGCUGAGACGGACGAAGUCAAGGCCAACGUUUCUGCAUACCUGGAUAAAUUGAAGUCUGAGAAGCUUGAGUCAGCAAGUGACAAGGAAAAUGAAGGCGAAGAGGGGGAAGGGGAGUCCAGCCACCGUAAGACUCCUGACGAAUACCAGAAAGCCUUGGAUGAAAUGCCAAACGUUCUCAGUAAGGUCUUCCAGCAAAUACGCCGUGAAACCGGUUGGGCGUUCUUCGUUGGCUGUGCUGGUCCACUUCCGAAUGCAGGAGGGAUCGUUUAUCAACAGGACUAUUACUUUGGCCCGAAAACCGACGCUGGAAACGAUUUUCAAAAUUCAUACCCUUCAUUUGAGGACUUUGAGAGUGGGUAUGCUACGCCCUUCGCUAUGUUUGCUCACAGCGUGUUUAACUUGAUCAGGAUGCCAAGAUCUCAGUCACCUGACCUGAUGCAACCGAUUCCCACAUCGCCUUCAGCUAUUACGCCCACCGAAUCCUCAUCUCGGAAGGAUGCUCUCAACGACAAUCAUUCAGAUCAAAUGUUUACGGCAUCCUCUGGUAUAGGUCAUGGUAGCAGCCACAGUGGUGAGGAUCUGGAUCCAUCCAUGGCAAUCUUAGGUGCGGGUCAUGUUAGCGACGACGAUGGUGAAGAUCACGACCUCGAAUACAACGGCUCCGGUGCACCAAAAGGUGAUGAACUGGAGUACAUCGAUCCCACUGGACCCUCCUCUCCCAUCUCCCAUGCCUUUGCGAGGAUGGACCAGUCACUUUUCACACCUGCGCCUCCUUUUCCCAGCCCGACCAUUUCAGGCGCUUCAGCACUCGACACAGUCAUCGACCCACUCCUGCUGGGAGGAUUCGGCCAAUCGUCACUGCCUACAUUGACAUUACAAGUGUCUGCACCUGAAUUCACCUUUGAAGAUGCUGCCACACCUCGCCUUCCCGUUCAUGCUCAAAAUCUCCCCAUAGCAAAGUCUCCCCUUGUUAAUCCGUAUGCAACACUUGCCACCGACCCUAAAGUUUUCGGUUGCCCUCCCAUCAAUGCCUUUUCAUUUGGUCAUGCCAAUACCUCCUCGCCGGCAUCGCUCGCUCCUUUGGGACUGACCGCUACGCCUCCUACCCCUGCUCCUGCUUUCUUGGCCGCGACCAUCGCACCCCCUUCUGAUGUGCAUCCUCCCAUUCUUGCGGUUGCCACGAAUGGUCCACCUGUGGCCGAAACCCUAGCUGCAGCUGACUACAAUAUCUCUGGGGCGACCGCGACAGGAGAUUUGGUUUCGAAGAUCCAGGACCCUCCACCACGGAUCCGUCCCCGACCAAUUAAAAAAGGACGAAUCUCCGUUCACCCUUCCGUACCAUCUGGCACUGAGGGUCCCACGCCUGAUGCUACUAUUGGAAAGGAGAAUAUACCCCCGGCGCAAGAACUUACGCCAGCACAGAAAGCGGCACGUACUAGGGCUCGUCGCAAGGCAGAAGCAGAGGCAGCGUCAACUUCGACAGAGAAGGGUGACAACGCAGUAUUGGGCACAGCUGAAGGAGCAGGGGAAGAUGGUGGCUGUAAGCGAAAGUCGCCAGAGGAUGGUCAUACAUCCCGUCGAAGUGGACGUGCCAUCAAGAAGACAAAGCCGUUCAGUCCAGAGUGA